ACAAAUGGACUCCGCGGCGGUUUGCGGUAAAAACAUGAAAAAUGUGAUCGAGCCGCGCGGAUUGAAGCGAGUAAAAUGCCCGGGCAGAAGAGAAGAUAUAAUGUACGGUUCCCCCCUAGUCGUGUCAAAAAGAUCAUGCAGAAGGACACAGAGGUGGGGAGGAUUGCGAUGGCGGUUCCUGUGAUCAUCUCUCGGGCGUUGGAGAUGUUCCUGAAGUCUCUGUUGACCAAAGCCUGUCUGAUAACUCAGUCGAAGCUCAGCACGGUCGUGUCUGUAGCUCACAUGAAGCAGUGCAUAGAGUCAGAGAAGCUCUUCCACUUCUUGAAAGACCUGGUGGAGCGAGCGACAUCUACGGCAGCCCAGAAGGACAACAGAGGCAUGAGUAUGUGGCCGUUAUACAGGACGAGACGUCAUGAAAUUUGUGUUAAAAAAACGACUGAUGUGGGUGAAACGUUGCCGCGGAGGAGCCUCAACUCACUGGACAACGACUCCAGCCCCAGCGAGUCGGAGCUCUACAUCUGCUUAUAACUGAAUUUACAACCCCAGGAAACCGCUGUGACCGCCACGUCAUUCUUGUUAUUAAGUUUAUCUUUAUUUAAGUUUUAUUUCAUCGAGUGAUAUUCACUAUUACAAGACGAUCGUUUUUGGGGGGAAAAUAUUGAAGUUAUGUGCUGUUAGUUAGUUAGUUUUUGGAUAAAUUUGUUUGUUUUUUUUCUUUAAAAAAAAAAAAAAAAGACAUGGCUUUUUGUUAUUAGGCCCUUCACCUUCAUGUUUGUAGCAGUGUGUUUUAGGAGGACAUGAAGGACUUGAAUGCUGUGUGUAAGUUUGCACUGAAGAAAAUAGUUUAAAUUAUAAAGUUUAAAACUUUUUUGUUGAUCAGGAAAUUUUUGUCUAACUUUAUUUGUACAGCACAUUUAACAGCUUUUGUUUUGAUCUAGUAAUGUGACCAUUAAGUCUGUGGUUUUUGCACCUAUUUCAUUUAGACAUUAGUUUGGUUUUUCAUAUUGGAGCAUUUCAUUUGACAUCCAAGUGAAAAGUUUUUUCAACUUUGUUUAUUAAAUUUUGUUUUCUAGUCAGAAAGGUUGUGAAAAUGUGACCUGCAGCGAUCUGUAAAAACAAAGUGCUUAUUUAGCUGAAUAGUGGCCUUUCUGGUUUCUAUUGAGCGUUUCAUUUUUAAAGCACUUGUAAAUUAUUGUUUUAAAA